GCUAGUCCAAUGGUUCGUCACUUCCUCUUUCACACACGCUGCCAUCAUGGGUCGUAUGCACUGUCCCGGGAAAGGUAUUUCCCAGUCAGCUUUGCCAUAUCGCAGAUCUGUACCCACAUGGUUGAAGUUGACAUCUGAGGAUGUAGAAGAACAAAUUAUGAAGCUGGCCAAGAAAGGCUUGACACCAUCACAAAUUGGUGUUAUCCUUCGUGACUCUCAUGGUGUGGCCCAAGUCCGCUUUGUCACAGGAAAUAAGAUUCUGAGGAUUUUGAAGAAGAAGGGCAUGGCCCCUGAUCUUCCUGAGGAUCUUUACCACCUCAUCAAGAAGGCUGUCAACAUCAGAAAACACAUGGAAAGGAACAGGAAGGACAAAGAUUCCAAGUUCAGAUUGAUUCUGGUGGAGAGCAGAAUUCACAGACUGGCCAGAUAUUACAAAACUAAGAAAGUUCUGCCACCUAACUGGAAAUAUGAGUCUGCUACAGCUGCUGCUUUGGUUCAGUGAUGUUAUACAUGUAAAAUAAAUGUGAGACAGUC